CUUCUGUUGAAAUAUUUCCUAGUGAUUUUGAUACAAGUACAUUUGAUGAGCUUUAUAAUGCCUCACCACAUGCUCCAACUAGUUCUAUAGAAGAUGAUAUGCCUACUGGUAAUACAUUAGACAAUUUUGAGCCUUCCCUUACUUCCUCAUUUGUAUCACCUGUUGAUGUUGCGUCUGAUAUUGUUGAGUCUAAAAAUGAGUUUGUUGUCUCAUCCCUAAGUCAUCCUACUUGGGAGUAUAGAAUAAACUAUGAGGAAACAUCUGCUCCAGUUGCUCAUCUCACAUCUAUGCGUAGUUUGCUUGCUAUCGUAGUUAUAUGGAGAUGGAAAUUGUUUCAAAUGGAUGUGAAAAAUGCUUUUCUUAAUGGUGACCUAGAAGAAGAAGUUUAUAUGAAACCACCUCCUGGGCUUAACCAUCCUUCAAACAAGGAGCUAAAACAAUCUCGUAGUCAAAAAUUUGAAAUGAAAGAUCUUGGUAUUCUAAGAUAUUUUCUAGGGCUUGAAGUCACCUCUUCAAAUGAUGGCUACCUGCUUUCUCAAGUAAAGUAUGCCUUCGAUCUUGUUUCUAAGGCUGAACUCAAUAAUAGCAAGAGUGUUUCUACACCUCUUGAGUCUAAUACCAAGCGUACACCUAUGGAUGGCUCUCCACUUUCUGAUCUUACUCACUAUCGACAACUGGUUAGUAGUCUGGUUUAUCUUACCACAACAUGCCCUUACAUAGCAUGUGUAGUUCACAUUGUUAGUUAGUUUAUGGCUGCUUCUCGCUCCACCCAUUAUGCAGUAGUACUUUGCAUUGUUCGCUAUGUUAAGGGAACAUUGUUUCAUAGACUCCAUUUUUUUACUAACUUUUCUCUUAUGCUUCAUGCUUAUUCUGAUGCUGAAUGGGCUAGUAAUCCUUUUGAUCAUGGAUCUAUCUUCGGUUAUUGUCUUUUCCUUGGUAAUUCUCUUAUUUCUUGGUGGAGUAAGAAAUAAACUAUUCCAUCUCGU